AUGAGCCUGGCGCCCCUGCACGCUGGGUUCUUGCUCCCACCGUCCGCUCUCCACCGACGGACCAUCCCAACCCGCCAUUACCAUCGCGCUCGGAAACGCCGCCGUCUCAAGCCCCUCACAGUCCGGAACCAGUUAAACUUCGAACCUUCACCUUUCGGCGACCUCCUCCACAGCAUGCUCUCCCAUUUCCCCUCGGCCACCUCAUUCAAUUACAUCGCCCCGGCCCUCGGCCUCGCCUCCGGCCUCGCCCUCCUUUUCUCCACUGGCUCCCAUAAAUCGCUUCCAAACCCUAAAAUUUCCAGGAAUUCGGAUUUCGACAUCGGGGAGUGGAUCUUGUUCACCAGCCCGACGCCUUUCAAUCGCUUCGUGACGCUGCGGUGCCCUUCGAUUUGCUUCCCAGGGAGCGAGUUCUUGGAGGAUGUGAACGAGAGGCUUGUGAAGGAGGACAGAUAUUUCGUGAAAUUGAACAGUGGAAGAAUGGUUCAGCAGGCGAGGGCAGACAGCGAGGAUGGCGGGAAUUUGGUGUAUCAGAGAAUUUGUGUUGGCGCGGAGGAUGGUGGAGUCUUGUCAUUUGAUUGGCCGGAGAAUUUGGUCUUUGAGGAGGAGCAUGGGUUGGAUACUACGAUGUUGAUUGUUCCAGGAACUGCAGAGGGCAGUGGUGAGAAGAAAAUUAGGGCGUUUGUUUGCGACUGUUUGAGGAGAGGGAUUUUCCCGGUUGUCAUGAAUCCAAGAGGAUGUGCUGGCUCUCCAUUGACAACAGCGCGGUUAUUUACAGCUGCUGAUAGCGAUGAUAUCUCCACAGCUGUACGUUAUAUACACAAGAAAAGACCGUGGACAACAUUAAUGGGAGUUGGCUGGGGGUAUGGUGCAAACAUGUUGACAAAGUACUUAGCAGAAUCUGGAGAGAAAACGCCUCUUACGGCAGCAACAUGCAUAGACAAUCCUUUCGACUUGGAGGAAGCCAUGAAGUCCACCGUCUAUCAUACAGAUUUUGAUCUCAGACAUACCAAUGGCCUAAUUGAGAUACUACAUCGUAACAAGGAAAUAUUUCAAGGUCGGGGAAAAGGAUUUGAUGUUGAGAAAGCUCUGUCUGCAUCGUCCACUCGGGAGUUUGAGAGAGCAAUUUCUAUGAUUUCUUAUGGAUUUGAUACCAUUGAAGACUUCUAUGAAAAAUCUAGUACACGAGAUGUGGUUGGACGGGUGAAAGUUCCAGUUCUUUUUAUACAGAAUGAUGAUGGGAGAGUCCCAUUGUUUUCUAUCCCGCGGAGUGCAAUAGCAGAAAAUCCAUAUACAAGCUUACUUCUCUGUGCAUAUCCACCAUCUGCCAAUGUUAUGGUUGGCAUAUCAACCUUAUCUUGGUGCCAGCACCUUGCGUUGGAGUGGCUAACAGCUGUGGAGCUUGGACUUCUAAAAGGUCGACAUCCACUUUUAAAAGAUAUUGAUGUCACUAUAAACCCUUCAAAGGGGUUGGAGCUGGUGGAAAAUAGAGCUUCAAAUAGAACAAAAGUUGACAAGCUCCUCGAUUUGACUAAUGGAAAUCCUAAAAACCCUCCACUGAAGAUGCUUCAGGCGAAUGACACACCUACUACUGCUCAGUCAAGAUCUAUGAAAGAUAUAGAAAAGCCACGUUUUUCGGCGAAAGGAUUUUCACAAGAGGAUAAUGACAUAGGGAGACUACCCAAUGCUGCUGUUGAUGUAGUAGUACAAGAGGGAGCGAGCUCUUCCGAGGAUGAAAGAGGACAAGUUCUGCAGACUGCACAAGUGAUUAUGAACAUGCUUGAUGUGACUAUGCCUGAUACUCUGACAGAUGAACAGAAGAAGAAGGUGCUUAAUGCUGUGGAUCAAGGAGAGACACUAAUUAAAGCUUUGCAAGAUGCUGUGCCAGAAGAUGUUCGCGGAAAGCUUACAACUGCUGUUUCUGGAAUCUUACAGAAUCAGGGGUCUAAUGUAAAAUUUGAUAAACUCCUAAGUCUUGGAAAAAUUCCUGACGUGGCAUCAGGACUGAACUCAAAUUUUACUGGACCGAAAACAAAUGAUCGUGAAAAUGUUGGCACUCUAGAUCAAAAGAGUGCGGUUGAUGACCCUGGAGAUGGACUUGGUCAAGUUGAUCGUGGCUCUGAGAAGCCUCUUGAUGUAGAAAAGCAGUCAUCAGAGAAUUUACGAAGAUCAAAUGAUACAGAGACACAUCAACCUACCAGUAACCUUGGACUCCAUGGUUCUGAUUCUGGAAAACUGAACAUAAAUGAUGCUGGAGGUUCUUCCGACGAUGAACAAUUAUCAGGGGGCAGUGCUACAAAAAUUUCUGACAGAGGAGAUGUGCCGGAAAUAAAUGCUAAUGAGGAGUCUUCCAAUAUAGAAGAGCCUGGUGGUGGGGCUGAUAAAAUUAUCGCGGACCACAAGAAAGAGGAAAGUGAAAACUGUAAAAAUGAAUUAGACUCAGUGGAGGAGAAUAUCAAGCAAAAAACUGAUUUCUCAAAUGAUCAGAGUGAAAUGUCUGAAUCUUAUGUAACAGAGGAUAAGUCUUCAGCUCCAAGCCCUGACGCUGAAACUGAAGGGGUCGAAAAUAAAGCAGAAAGCAAUCAGAGGAAGGAAGAUAAAGGUCUCACGCCUGUUUCAAGUGAAGGUAAGGGUGAUUCUCCACGCUUCAGCUUCUCUCAAGCAUUGGAUGCAUUAACAGGAUUUGAUGAUUCUACCCAAGUUGCUGUUAAUAGUGUAUUUCAUGUAAUAGAGGGCAUGAUUGAUCAGUUGGAGGUGGAGAAGGACAACGUAAAUGACAUUAGUGAAGUUAAUGAAGUAGACAAGGUAAAGGGACUGCAGCAUGCACCUCAUGAGCACAAUCCUAAUAGUACUGAGACAGAAAAUAUCAGGGGCCAGCAUGAGGCCGAAAAUAAAAUUAGCCUGGCCCAAGCACCCGGACAACUUCCACCAGACAAUUCUUUAAAAUGCUUGUAUAGCAGUUCCAAAAAUAUCCCUAGUUACACAUCAAGUAUUUCAUCUGGAGAUCCGAUUUACAGAGAGUACCUCAAGAAAUAUCUUCAUCUAAAAAUGAAGAAUGCACAACACUCGAAUUCUGGUGAAGUGUCUGCUUUGUAUCUAGACUACAUUCCAGAAGAAGGUCAGUGGAAGCUUUUGGAACAGACACAACAGAAUAGUGCUUCUGUUGAUAAACAUGCAACUCAUGCAGGUGGUUUUAGAGAAUACCUGACUAGGACACGUCCUAGAUCUAAGGAUAGUGAUGGUAUUGCUGAACCAUCUUAUGUAAUAUUGGACUCUGUGUCACAAGACCAAAAUGAAGAACUAGAGGAAACGGAUGCUGGGAAUGACAGUACUGAAAUUGAUGAUGCUGAAUAUGAUGAAUCCCAUCUUUUCAUCAAGAAUCUUAUAUUAGAAUGUUUAAAUAUUGAAGUUGGUCGUAGAGCGAGUGCUGCUGACAUGGAAGAACUGGAGGUCAAACUUGCCAAAGAAGUCGAGUUUGUUGCAAAUGCUGCAAAAUUGGCGUCAGAGGAAGCAUCACUGCGUAUUCGUAAACGGAACAACAAUCCUUCAGAAAUGCUUGGCACCCUUUACGGGGAAAACAUAAUAAAAGCUAUUUCUUCAGCUCUUCAGGAAACUCAGUAUCUUAGAAGAGUGGUGCCUGUUGGUGUCGUUGUGGGUGCUAGUUUAGCAGCGCUAAAGAAGUUCUUCAACGUUGCUACAUCAGUUAGUGAUGCAAACCUUGUGAGCCUUGAUCGAGUCGAUAAAUUGACAAAGAGUCUUGUUGGAGUAGAGGAAAAGGGUACGGGUGAACACCUUCUGAGCAAAAGAGAAAAAAGCGAGAAUAUUUCUACUUCCGUUGAUGAGGGAGAAGAUAGGACUGAUCUUGAAGCUUCAAAGAACAAACACGUCAUGGUUGGUGCUGUCACUGCUGCUCUUGGGGCAUCUGCUUUGCUUGCUGAUCAAGCGAAUAAUGGAACAGGCGAAACUUCACAUGAGCCCCUGAAAGAGAAAGGGAACAGCAACAGGCCCUCAAAGCUAAAUGAAAUGCAUGAGACAACCCAGAACAACAUAGUCACAAGCCUGGCAGAGAAAGCAAUGUCUGUUGCUAGUCCUGUGGUGCCUAUUAAAGAAGAUGGAGAAGUGGAUCAUGAAAGGUUGGUAGCCAUGCUCACAGAACUGGGACAGAAGGGGGGAAUAUUGAAACUUGUUGGCAAAGUAGCUUUGCUAUGGGGUGGCAUACGUGGUGCUAUGAGUUUAACUGACAAACUCAUCUCAUUCCUGCGCAUUGCUGAACGCCCCUUGUUCCAAAGAAUCGCCGGCUUUGUCUUCUUGGUGUUGCUUCUAUGGUCGCCUGUUGUUCUUCCAUUUCUUCCGACCCUUAUGCAAAGCUGGACGACACAGAAACCUUUUCAAAUUGCUGAGUUUGCUUGCAUUGCUGGCCUUUAUGUCUCUGCUAUGAUAAUGGUGACACUGUGGGGCAAAAGGAUUCGCCAGUAUGAUGAUCCUCUACUGCAGUAUGGACUGGAUAUAGCUUCAGUUCAUAAGUUCCAGAACUUUCUGAAGGGCCUGAUUGGAGGAGUCACACUUGUUGUAUCGAUACAUGCCAUGAAUUCCGGAAUUGGAUGUGCCUAUCUGUCUUGGCCAACUUCUCUAACUUCAUCACCUUCAGAACCUGUAGCACUGAUUAAAUCCUAUGGGCAGAUGCUUAUGUUAAUUGUUCAAGGAGUUGCAACGGCAACUGGUGUUUCAGUCGUGGAGGAAUUGCUCUUCAGGUCAUGGUUGCCUCAGGAAAUUGCUGCCGACUAUGGAUAUCAUCCCGGAAUUAUUAUCUCAGGACUUGUGUUUGCUUUAUCUCAAAGGUCAAUGUGGGAGAUCCCAGGGCUGUGGUUACUAUCUCUAUGUUUAUCUGGGGCUCGACAAAGAAGCUCGGGAAGUCUUUCACUGCCAAUUGGACUACGCACAGGGAUAUUGACGUCAAAUUUCAUCUUAAAAAGGGGCAAUUUUCUGUCCUAUCAAUCCAAUUUUCCUCGAUGGGUCACUGGAAGCCACCCUUUUCAACCAUUUGGUGGAGUGCUUAAUCGACGCUCAACCCAUCGGCCCGAAUGGCCAAUAUUCAGCCAUUUUGCUCGGUCGAGCCAAAAGCCAACGAUCGACCCUUGGGCCGUUCGACCCGUGAGUUGGCGAUCGACCCUUGGGCCGCUCGACCCGAGGCUUUAUAGCUUGGCGCAGUCGAGCCGAGGGUCGUCAGCGGUCAACCCUCAAUCCGGUCGACCUUCAAGCCGGUCGGCCAAGACUAUGUUGAUUUCGGUUUUUAAGGUUCGUUUGGCCCCGGUUUUAUGGGUCUUUAUCCGGUUGGCCGGGUCGAUACUAAUAUCCCUAUCACUCUGCCAAAAUUAUUUUCUGCACACAUAA